AUCAGAAAGCAGCUCUCUCCUCAAACUUCGGUGUCGCAGCCCAGCUCAAGGAUGUUCUGCUGAUCUGUUGUGAAUGAUUUUCCCUCUGCUCUGCAAACAAAAACCGAAAUGGCUUUACGGAACGUUCCCUUUCGGACAGAGGUGCUGGGCUGGGACCCUGACGAUCUCGCUGACUAUUUUAAGAAGCUGAACUACAAGGACUGUGAGAAAGCAGUCAGAAAGUUCCACAUUGAUGGACAGAGAUUUUUGAGCCUGUCUGACAAUGACAUUCAGAAGUUUCCCAAGCUCCGAGUGCCAAUUUUAAGCAAAUUAAGUCAAGAAAUCAACAAGAAUGAAGAAAGAAAAAGUAUAUUUGCAAGAAAGACUCAGGCACAAAGGUUUCCAGAUGAGUCAGACUGUAGAGAUGAGGAGGAUGGAGGCUGGUCUUCCUUUGAGGAGGAUGAUUACGAAAGCCCGGAUGGGGACCAGGAGGGUGAAGAUGAAGGGGACUAUGAGUCUCCCAACGAGGAGGGUGAGGCUGCUCCGGAGGAUGAGGCUGAUUAUGAGCCUCCUCCAUCCAAUGAUGAGGAAGCACUACAGAACGCAAUCCUUCCUGCCAAACCUUUUCAGAACUCCGUGUACAUUGACAGGCCCACCUCUGGGAAAUCCCCUCAGCAGCCUCCAGUGCCUCCUCAGCGCCCCAUGGCAGUUCCCAUGCCAGGAUAUGGGGGUAGAAGCAACACUCCACCUCAGCCUCCGCCUUCCAACCAUGAAGAACCUAGUAGAAAUAGAAACCUUAAACCUGUUAAACUCCCAGCUCCCUCAAUAGACAGAAGUACCAAACCACUGCUGGAUCGCUCAAUAUCUCCAUUUGACAGGGAUUCUUCAGGACCAGGGAAGAAACCAGUUUAUCCUGAAAAGUCUUUGGUGCCCCAAAUGAGGUCUCUUGGUGAACAUUUAUCAAAGAUACAGAAGCCUCCUCUGCCAACAGGGGAAAGGCAUGAAAGAAGUAGUCCCAUUCCUGGAAAGAAGCCACCACUACCAAAGCCAGGGUGGGGAAUGGACCGAAGAGGUGAUGAAGAAGACGAGGCUCAACAAAGACCUCUGCCACAGCCAGCUUUGCCACCUUUCAAUUCUAAUACUUUCCCUUCAAGAACUGCCAAGCCAACUCCCAAACACUCCCUUCCAGGAACUAACAGCAUGCCCGGAUCAUUUGCAGGAAGUCAUUUAUCUGCUAGCAGCUCACUGCCACCAAACUUCUCACAAGGUCACAUCAACAGAUCUUUUUCUAGAGGAGCCGCUGACGGCCGAUCCUUGCCACCUCCCAACAAGCAGUUCCCACGACCACCAUCUCCAGAGGAUAAUGAGGAGUCAAUGAAUCAAGAAUGGUACGUUUCUUAUAUUACCCGACCAGAGGCAGAAGCUGCACUCAGGAAGAUAAACCAGGAUGGAACCUUCUUAGUGAGAGACAGUACCAAGAAAACAGUAACCCAUCCAUAUGUGCUUAUGGUAUUGUACAAAAAUAAGGUGUACAAUAUUCAGAUACGUUACCAGGAGCAAAGCCAAGUUUACUUAUUGGGAACUGGACUGAGAGGAAAAGAGGAUUUUUUGUCAGUGGCAGAUAUUAUCGAUUAUUUCAGAAAAACACCACUUCUCCUGAUAGAUGGCAAAAAUCGCGGCUCGAGAUACCAGUGCAUUUUAACAUACGCUGCGGGGUAUGCUUAGAAAGCUUGUCAGCAUAAGAAGCAGAGCUAUCACCAUCAGGAGAUGGACAGAGACCUUGGACUGAAUGCAGAAUCUCCCUCUAUAGGAAGCCAAAUAAGAUUAUAUCUUGGUUCAAAACUGUUUGAAAUGAAGACUGUCAAGUACCCUUUCUACAAUUUAUUUAUUAUUCUUCAAUGUCUAUAAGUUGCCUGAAUGAAGUUCAUGAGCAGUGUAUAUCAGAUGUCAAGUGCAUAGCAGGUCUUCACUUUAUUACAUGUUUUUGAUGUAUAUUCUGCGCAUCUAUCUCUUUUAAGGCAUAUAAAUUUUAUUUUUCCCAGGCACAAAACCAACUACA